AUGGUGAUGUAUGUUGGUUGGUCACUAAAUUACAUGUACCAUGUUUGGCACCAAUUAUUGUGUGAAUGGAAUACGUCAUUGAAACUGGCACGUAGCAGCGAACUUUUUGAUAAAAAUAAGGAAUUUCUUAGUGGGGGAAAACUCCUACUUGAUGGCUUGGAACUGCGAAAACAUGGAAGUCCUGAUAUAGUCAUGGCCUUAGUUGGUAACAAAGCUGAUCUUCAGGAGAAGCUGGAAGUACCAGUUCAAGAUGGCAUUGACUAUGCGGAGAAGAAUGGAAUCUGCAUGUUAACAACAUACACUACAUACAACUCAGAACGGUUGAGAUUGACGGAACUGCAAAAACAUGGAAGUCCUGAUAUAGUCAUGGCCUUAGUUGGUAACAAAGCUGAUCUUCAAGAGAAGCGGGAAGUACCAGUUCAGGAUGGCAUUGACUCUGCGGAGAAGAAUGGAAUGUUUUUUAUUGAGACAUCUGCAAAGACGGCAGAUAAUAUAAAUCAGCUGUUUGAGGAAAUUGCCAAGCGGCUACCCCGCCCUCCUGCUUCAUGA